CUCGCAAUUUCGCUCACAAUUACUUCGAAACCACGGCGCGUUUGCAAUCUUUACUCAUUACCAAAUACUUUGCAAAUAAGUCGUACGAUGUCUAAUGCUGGAAUUACGAAGACCUCACGACCCAAGCGGAAGAAUCGACCUCGGCCUUUGCCGCCCGACGUCACGGCUAGGAACUUGGCUAUUGAGAAACAACGCCGCGGUGAACUAAAAGAAGAUUUUAUGGAACUGGCGCGCCUGCUGCCCAACCUUACCAAUACUCGACGACUUACAAAGGUUCUCAUCGUAAACAAGAGCAUAGAGCAUGUGAGACAGCAGCGCGAACUUUGCAUAGCGGCAGCUAGUGACAUGCAAGAAGUUGUUGACCAGAACCAUCAGCUUAUCGCUGAGGUGAAUGCUCUGCGUGCUCAGAUUGAAGGACCAUCUAUGCCUCAAGUUCAGGUCAAGCCCAUGACCCAAGCCAUGACCCAACUAGCUGAAACAAAGAAUCACGUCUUUGGGACCUUUCCUGCCGGUUUUGGAGAUAACUGGGCAGAAGAAUACUCGCAAGUCCAGCAUGAGACCACACGUGAAGCGGGCUUCUCAUCCGAUAAUUCUUAUGCACCCCCUGUCCUGCAAACAGAUGUCAAUAUUACACCAGACACCAUCCAAAGCAGCCUAGAAACUACUCCCGGAUCUGUACCUAUCUCAGCGUACCAGGAACCGCAAGUGAACUUCAACUUGUGCCUAAAUACAGCGGCCGAGCCUAGUUUUCCCUUCCCAGAUCUUUUGGGCCCCAGCCAUUCUUAUUUGGAUGAUCCUUUGAUGGCAAGUUUUUGGACACAGGGAGUUGUCGAUGAGGGUUCGGCUUGGGCUGGUGGUCUUAGUGGAAGCGAGAUUUCAUCUUUUGUUCAGAAUGGUACAGGGGAUAAUGAGUUACAGAGUUGUAUUUAACGAGAGUUUACUAUCGGCCAGAAUGGCG